CAGAAGGCCCAAGAAUGAACCUGGCUGUGUGCCAGGCUCGGGGGGCGUUGUUUUAUGGUGGCGAUGGGGAGAAUCGAGCCCUGUGCGGUAGAGGGAGCAGACGAUACCAGGGAGGGAGACUGGGAAGAGGCCCCCCACUAGGCCUGGGCACCCCGAGAUUGGGCCUGGGGUCCUGAGAGGCUCUGAGGGUUCCGAAGGCUCUUGUCUUUCUAGAAUUUACAGUGAUGCCCUAUUCUGGCUGUGGCUCAAAGAUUUACAGGGUCAAGGAUUUGCGGUGGUGUCAGGGACGUGAUGUUCCAGAGGCUUGCGGACAAGGGCAUUUUGCCUUGGGGUCUCAGCCCUCAUGUGCUCUCAACCUUCCAGGCCCCAGCCCCACCCAGAGUGGUGAGGAACGCCCAGGGAGGGCCUGGCUGGGCUUGCGCAUGAACUCAAGCAACGUGCUCCCUGCCCUGAGCGUCAGUUUUCCCCCGUGAAUGAGGACAAGACUGGCCAUUGGACCCUCCAAGCCCCCUGCCAGCUCUAACGUUCUGGCUGAGAGGGGCCUGGAGAGCAGUGGCAUCUAAGACUGGAUGGGGGAGCUGAGACUUCGUCCCAUGGGGGUUGGGGCAGGGAUUCUCUAACCACCUCCCAGUGAACAAAAUGGGAAACUGAGGCCAUGCCCCAGGUCAUGCAGGGGAGUCAAGGUGGAGCUGAAGUCGGCCCUGGGCUCUGUCCUCUCCCCGCCCCCAUUCCAGCUUUGCCCAGUCUGCCCUGCUUUCCCGUGGUCAGCUCAGCCCCAGGACUCCUCCUUCUCUAAACGCCUCAUCAGUUCCCUGGUCCAGCCCCACCACCGAAGUCCAUAUGCCUUGAGUGGGCUCUGAGCUCUCCUGGCUCCAGGCAUUGUAUGUGCUGUUCCCUCAGCCUGGAAUGCUUUUCCCCUCCUUGAUCCCAUGCCCAGCUCUGAUUCAUGCUGAAGAGGCCCAGCACCGGUGUCCCCUUCUAGUGCAGCCUUCCCAGCCUCUGGAAAGAGCCCUUCUGCCCAUUGCACUCACUCCCGGGUCCCACAGGCUUGGGGCGGCUGUGUUUGGCUCCGGAGGCUCUGGAACACGCAAGGUCCAAGUUCUUUCGGCGCCCCCAGUGUUUUUGUCCUAGGGUGGGACACAAGGGGCCUCCUGCAGCCGGCCCAACAGGAGACACCAUGGUAGCCGUGGUCCUUGUGUCCUUGGCUGCCCCUCCUGUCCUGUCCUUCCCUGCACCAGCCCUUACAAAGGCUGCAGCCACCUCCCCAUUUUACAGAGGGAGAAACUGAGGGUCUCCAGGUGAACGACUUGCCCUGGCCCCCCAGCCAAGAGAAGACAGAGGCAAGCCCCAAAGCCAUGUCAUGUCUCCUUCGUCCUUUGGGCAGCAGGCGGCCUGAGCUGCAGCUGCAGAUUCGGCCUCUGGGUGUUAAACCCUCAAGUGGCCUCCGGAGACCCACUGACGAUCUGAGACAGCUGGGGAUGGGUACUCCUGGGAGCCCAGCCCCCUCCCUCCUCUGGCUUCCCUUGUGCAAGGGUGAAUUAUGGGUCCCACAGGGGACAGACACAGAGAGUCAGAGAUUCAGAGAAUGUAGGAAGGGCCAUGGAGUCACGGAGGCGCUGACACUCUGCCAGGCAGGGGGACAGGGAGAGAUGUAGGGUCCCAGCCUGCCUGCCCAUCCCCCACGCUCACUCCCCAUGUCAGCCAGGACGCUCGACGGGGUGGUCCAGCUAGAUCCCCAACCCUGGCCUGCCCUGACCCAUCGGAUCCAGGCCAGGCCGUAUCCGUGGGGAGGGGCUUCCUGCCCCGCCCCUGGAGCUUCCCUCCCUCCACCCUAAGGUUCUGAUGUAACACCCAAAACUGGAUGGCUUACACUCAAAUUCUGCAGAUCCAGCCACUGCAGGUUCUGAAACGCCAUUUCACCCCGAAUGGAGUGGAGGACACAAGGUCAUGGUCAUUGGGAGGCUCCCUUCCCUAAGGGGGAUUCACCCAUACACACACGCACGCACACACACACACACACACCCCGCCGAACCCGCUCGGAGGCCCGAAGCCCCGCAGCCGCCGGCGGUCCCAGCCCCGGGUCGCCAUUGGCUGUUGCCAUGGCACCAGCCCAUCUUCCCGUGCCGCCAUUGGCCGCCGCGCCUGCAUCCCGCAUCCUCCCCCGCGCGCUGUGGUCUCGCCCAGCGCCCGGAGUGGCGGCGCCGCCUGGCGAGGCCCGGAUUGGGCUUUGUCUAACGCGGAGUCCUCGUCCGCCCCGCCGAAACCCCGGAGCCCUGGAGCCCGCGCCCCGCGGCCGCCCCAGCCCCGGAGGACUGGGAACUUGGGCGGGGCCGGCGUAGCUGCGCGGAGGGAGGAACCCCCAGGCCCUCGGCACCGCAGCCAGCCCAACCCCAGUGAGAUAAAGCGCUGCAGGAGCUGAAGAUGACGAGCUCCGUGGCGCCCUACGAGCAGCUGGUGCGGCAGGUGGAGGCCUUGAAGGCCGAGAACAGUCACCUGAGGCAGGAGCUUCGGGAUAACUCAAGCCACUUGUCCAAGCUGGAGACAGAAACGUCGGGCAUGAAGGAGGUCCUGAAGCACUUGCAGGGCAAGCUGGAGCAGGAGGCCCGCGUGCUGGUGUCCUCGGGGCAGACCGAGGUGCUGGAGCAGCUGAAAGCCCUGCAGAUGGACAUCACCAGCCUGUACAACCUCAAGUUCCAGCCCCCGGCUCUGGUCCCUGAGCCCACUGCCCGGACCCCCGAGGGAAGCCCGGUGCACAGCUCUGGGCCCUCCAAGGACAGCUUUGGGGAGCUGAGCCGGGCCACCAUCCAGCUGCUAGAGGAACUGGACCGGGAACGGUGUUUCCUAUUGAAUGAGAUCGAGAAGGAGGAGAAGGAGAAGCUCUGGUAUUACUCGCAGCUGCAGGGCCUAUCCAAGCGCCUGGACGAACUCCCGCACGUGGAGACGCAGUUCUCGAUGCAGAUGGAUCUGAUCCGGCAGCAGCUGGAGUUCGAAGCCCAGCACAUCCGCUCGCUGAUGGAGGAGCGCUUCGGCACCUCGGACGAGAUGGUGCAGCGGGCGCAGAUCCGUGCUUCCCGCCUGGAGCAGAUAGACAAGGAAUUGCUGUCGGCACAGGACCGGGUGCAACAGACCGAGCCCCAGGCCUUGCUGGCAGUGAAGUCGAUGCCGAUGGAUGAGGACCCAGAGGCCGAGGUCCCCACGCACCCUGAGGAUGGUGCCCCUCAGCCGGGCAACAGCAAGGUGGAGGUGGUCUUCUGGCUGCUGUCCAUGCUGGCGACGCGUGACCAGGAGGACACGGCACGGACGCUGCUCGCCAUGUCCAGCUCACCUGAGAGCUGCGUGGCCAUGCGCCGCUCGGGCUGCCUGCCGCUGCUGCUGCAGAUCCUGCACGGCACCGAGGCCGGGGCUGGGGGUCGCAACGGGACCCCAGGGGCGCCGGGAGCCAAGGAUGCGCGCAUGCGCGCCAACGCAGCGCUGCACAACAUCGUCUUCUCCCAGCCGGACCAGGGUCUGGCGCGCAAGGAAAUGCGCGUCCUGCACGUGCUCGAGCAGAUCCGUGCCUACUGUGAGACCUGCUGGGACUGGCUGCAGGCCCGGGACGGUGGGCCCGAGGGCAGCGGCGCCGGCGGCGCCCCGGUCCCCAUCGAGCCACAGAUCUGCCAGGCCACCUGCGCCGUGAUGAAGCUCUCCUUCGACGAGGAAUACCGCCGUGCCAUGAACGAGCUGGGUGGGCUGCAGGCCGUGGCGGAGUUACUGCAGGUUGACUAUGAGAUGCACAAGAUGACCCGGGACCCUCUCAACCUGGCCCUGCGCCGAUACGCCGGCAUGACCCUCACCAACCUAACCUUCGGGGACGUCGCCAACAAGGCCGCACUGUGCGCCCGCCGGGGCUGCAUGGAGGCCAUCGUGGCCCAGCUGGCGUCCGAGAGUGAGGAGCUGCACCAGGUGGUGUCCAGCAUCCUGCGCAACCUGUCCUGGAGGGCGGACAUCAACAGCAAGAAGGUGCUGAGGGAGGUGGGCAGCAUGACGGCCCUGAUGCAGUGCGUCCUGCGAGCCUCCAAGGAGUCCACCCUGAAGAGCGUGCUCAGCGCCCUGUGGAACCUCUCAGCGCACAGCACGGAGAACAAGGCUGCCAUCUGCCAGGUGGAUGGCGCCCUGGGCUUCCUGGUCAGCACACUGACCUACAAGUGCCAGAGCAACUCGCUGGCCAUCAUCGAGAGCGGAGGCGGCAUCCUGCGCAACGUGUCCAGCCUCAUCGCCACCCGUGAGGACUACAGGCAGGUGCUGCGGGACCACAACUGCCUGCAGACGCUGCUGCAGCACCUGACGUCGCACAGCCUGACCAUCGUGAGCAACGCAUGUGGCACGCUCUGGAACCUGUCGGCCCGCAGCGCCGGUGACCAGGAGCUGCUGUGGGACCUGGGUGCUGUGGGCAUGCUGCGCAACCUGGUGCACUCCAAGCACAAGAUGAUCGCCAUGGGCAGCGCCGCCGCCCUGCGCAACCUGCUGGCCCACCGGCCCGCCAAGUACCAGGCGGCAGCCACUGCCGUCUCCCCCAGCGCCUGUGCGCCCAGCCUGUACGUGCGCAAGCAGCGGGCGCUGGAGGCUGCGCUGGACGCGCGGCACCUGGCGCAGGCACUUGACCACCUGGAGAAGCAAGGCCUGCCCGAGGCCGAGGCCACCUCCAAGAAGCCGCUGCCGCCCCUGCGCCACCUGGAUGGCCUGGCCCAGGACUACGCUUCUGAUUCGGGCUGCUUUGAUGAUGACGACGCACCCUCUCUGGCCACCGCAGCUGCCGCCACCGCCGAGCCCGCCAGCCCCGCCGUGCUGCCCCUCUUCCUGGGCAGCCCCUUCCUGCAGGGCCAGGCGCUGGCCCGCACCCCGCCCGCCCACCGGGGCGGCCUGGAGUCCGAGAAGGAGGCCGGCGGGGAGGCAGCUGUGGCAGCCAGGGCCAAGGCCAAGCUGGCACUGGCAGUGGCGCGCAUCGACCGGCUGGUGGAGGACAUCUCGGCCCUGCACACCUCGUCUGACGACAGCUUCAGCCUCAGCUCUGGGGAUCCCGGGCAGGAGGCCCCACGGGAGGGCCGUGCGCACUCCUGCUCCCCUUGCCGGGGGCCCGAGGCAGGGCGGCGAGAGGCCGGCAGCCGGGCUCACCCGCUGCUGCGGCUCAAGGCGGCCCACGCCAGCCUCUCAAACGACAGUCUUAACAGCGGCAGCACCAGCGACGGGCACUGUCCCCGCGAGCACUCGCAGCCCUGCUCGCUGGCCGCGCUGGCCGAGCAUUGCGAGGGACCCCUGUGCGGCCAGGCGCGGCCCAGCCGGCUUGACCUCAACCUGCCCAGCGGCCAGGUUGAGCCCAAGGCCCGGGACACCGCGGCCACAGAUGCCCGCGUGUGCACCAUCAAGCUGUCGCCCACCUACCAGCAUGUGCCGCUGCUUGAGGGCACCACCAGAGCGGGCGCGGGGUCCCUGGCCCCCAGGGCCCGGAAACAGGCCUGGCUGCCCGCAGAGGACCUAAGCAAGGUGCCCGAGAAGCUGGCGGUGGAGAAGGCGCCCCUCUGCCUAUCCCGCUGCAGCUCCCUGUCCUCACUGUCCUCGGCUGGCCGCCCAGGGCCCAGUGAGGCCGGGGACCUGGAUGACAGCGACUCGUCCCUGGAGGGGCUGGAGGAGGCUGGCCCCAGCGAGGCCGGGCUGGACGGGGCCUGGCAGGGGCCGGGCUCCGCCUCCCUGCCCAUGGCCAUCCCUGUGCCUCAGCGGGGCCGGGGCCUGGGGGUGGAGGACGCCACGCCGUCCAGCUCGUCUGAGAACUGCGUACAGGAGACGCCACUGGUGCUGAGCCGCUGCAGCUCGGUCAGCUCGCUGGGCAGCUUCGAGAGCCCAUCCAUUGCCAGCUCCGUCGCCAGCGAUCCGUGCAGCGGGCUGGGCAGCGGUACAGUCAGCCCCAGCGAGCUGCCCGACAGCCCCGGGCAGACCAUGCCACCGAGCCGCAGCAAGACGCCCCCGCCGGCCCCCGCGCCGCCGGGCGAGCGUGAGGUCACCCAGUUCAGCCUGCAGUGGGAGAGCUACGUGAAGCGCUUCCUGGACAUCGCCGACUGCCGGGAGCGCUGCCGGCUACCGUCUGAGCUGGACGCGGGCAGCGUGCGCUUCACCGUGGAGAAGCCCGACGAGAACUUCUCGUGUGCUUCCAGCCUGAGUGCGCUGGCCCUGCAUGAGCUCUAUGUGCAGAAGGACGUGGAGCUGCGGCUGCUGCCCCCGGCCUGCCCUGAGCGCAGCAGUGCGGGAGGCGUGGGCCCCGGGCACCGCCGACGGGAUGAGGCCAGCGGCCGCCUCGAAGGGCCAACAUCCACCGACCGGGACCUGGAACUGCUGCGCGAGUGCCUGGGUGGGACCGUGCCCGCCCGGCUCCGCAAGGUGGCCUCGGCGCUGGUGCCUGGCCACCGCACCCUGCCCGUGCCCGUCUACAUGCUGGUGCCCGCCCCGGCACGGGAGGAUGAGUCCUGCACCGACUCGGCCGAGGGCACGCCGGUCACCUUCUCCAGCACCACCUCCCUCAGCGAGGAGACACUGCAGGGACCCCCCGGGGAUGGCGGGCCUGCGCAGGGGCAGAAGGCUGCGGGCCAUGCCGCCCCCACCAGGCAGCCCGCCGGGCACCGGCACAGGGCGGGGGGCACGGGCCGGAGCACAGAGCAGCCCCGGGGGGCUGGCAGGAGCCGCGCAGGGCUGGAGCUGCCCCUCUGCCGGCCCCCUAGCGCCUGCAGAGACAGGGACAGCUCCCGCCCGGGACAGGCGCGUGGGGACGGGGCCCUGCAGUCUCUAUGCCUCACGACGCCCACCGAGGAGGCCGUGUACUGCUUCUAUGGCAACGACUCAGACGAAGAGCCGUCCGCGGCAGCGGCGGUGGCACCCCCGCGGCGGGCAUCUGCGAUCCCCCGCGCGGUGAAGAGGGAGUACCCGGCUGGUGGCAGGAAGGAGGUGCAGGCCGUGCCCAAGGUCGCGCCGCCCAAGGCUGCCGCACCCAAGGUUGCGCCGCCAGCCCGGGCUCAGCCCAGCCUCAUCGCUGAUGAGACGCCACCAUGCUACUCCCUGAGCUCCUCCGCCAGCUCCCUGAGCGAGCCUGAGCCCUUUGAGCGCGCAGCCAGCCGGCCCCGAGCCCGCGAGCCAGGGGUCACCAAGGACCCAGGCCCCGGGGGCAGGCGGGACAGCGCCCCCCGCCCGCGGGCCGAGGCAGAGCUGCUCCGGCGCUGCACUGGCUCAGCCGUGCCCAGGCGCCGGCCCCAGGUGUCUGGCCCAGGGUGCCGCCAGUCCAGAGCGGUGCAGCAGGAGAAGAGGCCAGCAGAGGGGCCCCGGGAGCACAGUGAGGAGGCAGCGGGCUCGGACCACGCCUCAGACCUGGACAGCGUCGAGUGGCGCGCCAUCCAGGAGGGGGCCAACUCCAUCGUCACGUGGCUACACCAGGCAGCGGCGGCAGCCACCCACGAGGCCUCCUCUGAGUCCGACUCCGUUCUGUCCUUUGCCUCAGGGCGGUCGGUGGGCUCCACCCUGCAGCUUCCCCUGCACAGGAAGGGUCAAAGGCCAAGGGCAGAGGGUCAGGUGGGCAGUGCCAUGCGGCCAGAGAAACGGGACAGGGCUCUGGCCCAGCGCAGCAGCGGCCUGGAGAAGCCACGUGGCACUCAGAAGGCCGCGUCCGGGGUGCCAGCCGUGCUCCGGGGACGGACAGUGAUCUACAUGCCCAGCCCAGCCACCCGGGCCCAGCCCAAAGGUGCCCCUGGGCCCCGCAAUGUGCCGAGAAAGACGGGAGUCCCAAGUCCAGUGCAGCCAGCAGCCCCCGCCAAAAUCCCUGGCCCCGGGCAGCAGAGGUCUCGAAGCCUGCACCGACCCGGCAAGAUCUCGGAGCUGGCGGCGCUGAGCCCCCCUCAGAGGAGUGCCACGCCACCUGCCCGCCUCGCCAAGACCCCCUCGUCGAGCUCCUCCCAGACCUCCCCGGCCUCACAGCCUCUGCCGAGGAGGUCACCCCCGGCCACCCAGGCCACAGGAACCCUGCCCGGCCCCGGGGCCUCCCCCGCAACCAAGACUCCCGCCCGGGCCCUGCUGGCCAAGCAGCACAAGACACAGAAGUCGCCCGUGCGGAUCCCCUUCAUGCAGAGACCCACCCGGCGGGGGCCGCCACCCCUGGCCAAGGCAGCCCCGGAACCAGGUCCAAGGGCCCGAGGGGGCCGCCCAGGGCUCGUGCGUGUGGCCUCUGCCCGCUCCAGCGGCAGCGUGGCCUCCGCCCGCUCCAGCGGCAGUGAGGCCUCCGACCGCUCCGGUUUCCGGAGGCAGCUGACCUUCAUCAAGGAGUCGCCGGGCCUGCUGCGCCGCCGACGCACCGAACUGUCCGCCACUGAGGCCGCCACCCCGGCUGCCCAGGCAGGCCUGCCCCGCCGCGGCCGGCCCGCGCUACCCGCCGUCUUCCUAUGCUCCUCGCGCUGUGAUGAGCUGCGGGCGGCCCCCCGGCAGGCUCCCGCCGCCCAGCGGCCCCCCACGGCCCGGCCCGGCCUGGGCGAGCGGCCGCCCCGGCGCACCAGCUCUGAGAGCCCGUCUCGCCUGCCCGUCCGCAUGCCAGCCGCCCGGCCCGAUACGGUCAAGCGCUACGCCUCCCUGCCUCACAUCAGUGUGGCCCGCGGGCCCGACGCCCCCGUGCCUGUGGCAGACAACGCACCCCGCAGCAGCACCGGGGAGGCCGCGCCGGGCACCACGUGGCGUCGCAUCCGGGACGAGGACGUUCCGCACAUCCUGCGGAGCACGCUGCCCCCCCGCGCCCUGCCCCUGCUGGGCUCCUCACCGGAGGACGGCCCCACAGGCCCUCCGCAGCGCAAGACCAGCGACGCCGUGGUCCAGACCGAGGACUUCGCAGCUACCAAGACCAACUCGAGCACGUCCCCGAGCCUGGAGAGCUGGGUGACCCCACAGGCCACGACCGGCAGCGCCCCCUCCCUCCUCCUCGGCAGUGACGUGGACGGGCCGGGCCCCGCCAAGGCGCCCGCCCCCGGCCCCUUCGUCCCCGCCAGCCGACACGGUUCCCCCAGCCGCUCCGCCCGCGUCCCCCCCUUCAACUACGUGCCCAGCCCCAUGGUGGUAGCCACCACUGACUCUGCCGUGGAGAAAGCCCCCGCCCCCGCCCCUACCGGCCUCCUGGGAUAGUGGCCGGGGCUGGCCUUCCAGAACGUCCUCUCCCGGCCCAGGGCCGUCUGGCUGCCCCGAGGGUGGUCCCAGCACCCGCCUGCCCACCCGGGCCCCGCCCUCUGAGCCUCUGCCCUGCUACGGGCCCCACCCUCACUGCGUAGGCGCUUGCUUCCAUGCCCAGGGGGCUCUGCAAGGAAAGUGAGCUGCAGGGUGGACCUUGCGUCCCCGCCAGGGGGUGCCUACGAGGGCGCCGUCCCAGCCUGGCCCCCACGCGGAGACCACCCUCCUGGCUGGGGCUGUCCUCGGCAGUGCCCUCCUGGGCUCCUGACUCCACCGGGCCCAGCAUCAGCACCACACCCCCUCCCCUCCCCUCCCCUCCGGGGAGCCGCAGGGAGGUGACAGUGCCCGCCCGCCGACGUGGGGGACGGGAGCCUGCCAGCUGGGGGCAUUGGCAGGCAACCAUGGCAGAGCAGGAAGCCUGUAAUUACGGGCAAGGCUGAGUAAUUUGUUCACCAGGGCUUAGCCGGUUGGCCUGCCUGUUCAGCCUCAGCGGGGGGCACGGGGGAGGGGCGUGGUUGAGC